AUGUCUACAGAACAACCUCGUAUUUUGGAUCGCCCGCUUGGCGAAUCCUGGGUGAUGGCAUCGACUGCUUCUCUCAAGGAAAAUGACACAGACUCCAAAGAAACAAAGGAUUUCCACCACAGCAAAGUUAUCACAGAGCCAGUUGAUCCGGUAUCAGAGUCACCGGUAUCCUCAACGUCCUCGUCAUGGACUAUAUCAGGCCCGGAGCUUAUCAUGCCCUCUAUCUACGAAACGCCUAGUCCCGAAGGGUCAUGGGUCGAAUAUGUGCGCACCCCGAAGAAACCAGGUUCAGAAGGCAUGAAAAAGCGACGCAAAGUCUCCUCGGGUGGCGCAAAGCUACAACAGCAGGAUCGAACCGUCGAAGCUAGUGAUGGAGAUGCUGGUUCUACAGAAAAGGCCGUUGCAAAAUUCGAAUCCAGAUUUCAUGGAUAUACAACCAUCUUCCGCAAAGCAAUCAACGCAGUCUUGAUCGCUAUUAUCUUGCACCUGUUGGUACUCCCAGAAGUAGUCUAUCAAGCCAAAGACCUCUGCCGGCUCCCAAGCAUCAAGAUUCUUUACCCUAACAGCUGCGUCACCCUCCCCACAAUAUACCCAUCUCGCGGCGCCUUCCAAUCGCCUCCCUCCGCAGACGAAACCCUUGCAACCUCUCAGCGGGAACUAGAGUCCAUAUUCGACACGGCUCUCGAAACUCUCACACCUCUGUCCGCAAUCCUAAAACAAAGCGAAAGCAUGCUCGCCGACCUAGAAUCCCAACUGAAGUCAACCUUCCCAGACGCCCGAAAUGCGCUGGACCUUGAAUUCACCGGCGGCAACCAAGCCGUGCAAACAGCAGUAUGGCAAUUCGACUCUCUGCGAGCGGACCUACGCUCCGCAAUUGACAGCCUGUUAGCCUCCCCACCAACUCCAGAAACCGGCGGUAGUGUAGCUCUUGACGCCCGACUCGCCAACCAAAUGCGACGGCGGUCAGAAUACCUCGAGCGACUGCGUACGCAAAUCCGCAGCAAAGCGGACUCGCUCAACACGCGAUUCAUAACUUUGGACGAUCACCUCGAAGCAGUUGACGGGAUCAUAGCACGGGAAGAACGGCGGAGCCCAACAUUCUAUAAGUACGGAUCGUCUAGCUCUGACGAUAGUAGCGACCGGUUGCACUCGAUGCUUGACUCGCUCCCGCUCGGGUCGUUCGGGGCAUAUUUAUUCCGGGCGCGAUCGUCAGGAGAUGCCGAUGCCAAUAUCGCUGCUGUGACGGAGUCGUCAUCGUCUGUCGCGGCCUCCAGUACAUCCACAGAACCCAAGACCCGACCCGCGGCCACUUUUGCCCUGCUCCGGGUGGCGGCCACGCACCACCGUCCCGUUGCUGACUCGGUAUUACGUCUAUCACGACAACUAAGGGAUGUGCGCCGUGCGACUGGAGCCGGGUCCACUUGGUGA